AUGGCAGACUACUACAAGAAGUACUUACCAUAUGAGAAACUGCUGAAGACAAAGCUGAAAUUACAAACCUACACUGGUCAGACGGUCACUCCUGCAGGAACUGUUGAUGUCAAUGUCUUGUACAACAAGCAGCAAUAUUUUGGCAAACUCUACGUCGUUGAAAGUGGUGGACCUCCAUUACUUGGCCGUGAUUGGUUAGCACACAUCAAGCUGGAUUGGCCCAAGUUGCUAGCAAUUUCUACGGUACAACCUACGACCACUGAAGAAAAGCUGAAAUCAUUCCUGAAUGAAUAUCAAGAUCUCUUCAGUGAAGGAAUUGGCGAGCUUAAAGAGAUAAGAGGAAAACAUAAGCUAAAGAAAAGCGCACAACCUGUCUUCAUGAAAGCGAGACAAGUGCCAUACGCCAUUCGUCCGAAAGUUGAAGCUGAAUUAGAGAAACUUCAGAAACAGAACAUAAUUGAACCAGUAAAGAAUAGUGAGUGGGCAACUCCAAUAGUUCCUGUGCCUAAACCGAAUGGUGGUGUUCGUAUUUGUGGUGGCUUCAAGGUAACAGUGAACCCAAAUAUAAUCAUCGAUCACUACCCCUUGCCGAGCGUAGAAGAUGUCUUUGCAACACUUUCGGGAGGACAGAGAUACAGCAAACUUGAUCUACGUCAAGCUUCUUACCUACAUAUGGUGAUGGACCCCGACUCCAAAAAGUUGCUCACAAUCAACACUCACAGGGGACUCUUUGCUUUCAACCGCCUAGCCUUUGGUGUUGCGUCUGCACCUGCCAUGUGGCAAAGAACCAUGGAACAAGUUCUCCAAGGCAUACCUGGCGUACAAUGUUUACUAGAUGACAUGAUCAUCACAGGCCGUACUGAUGAGGAGCACCUUGACAACUUAAGGAAAGUUCUCCAACAACUCAAAAAUAGUGGACUACGCUUGAACCAAUCGAAGUGUGAAUUUCUCAAAAAGAAAGUAAUCUUCUGCGGCCAUGAGAUAACUGAAAACGGUCUAAAGAAAACGGAGGACAAAAUCAAUGCUGUGAUGAACGCACCACGCCCCAAUGAUGUCAGUCAGCUGCGAUCCUUCCUUGGCUUAGUAAAUUACUACCAUCAGUUCUUACCCAACUUAGCGACUGAGCUACACCCGCUAAAUCAGCUACUCGAGAAGAACCACAAGUGGGAAUGGAACGCAAACUGUGAAAAGGCAUUUCAAAAAGCGAAAUCACUCAUCACUACAGAUGAAGUCCUAACCCAUUAUGACCCCAGUCUUCAAGUGAAACUUGCAUGUGACGCGUCACCAUAUGGACUGGGCGCAGUCAUGUCACAUGUCGUGUCCGAUGGAUCGGAGCGUCCCAUAUCGUAUGCAUCACGCACACUUACGACUGCUGAACGCAGUUACUCCCAGAUAGACAAGGAGGCACUCGCAUUGGUGUGGGGAGUGAAGAAAUUCAACCUCUACUUAUGUGGACGGAAAUUCACCCUAGUGACUGACCACCAACCACUCACCUCUAUCUUCAAUCCAGUGAAGAGCACCUCUGUAACUACUGCUGCACGCCUCGUAAGAUAUGCAGUUUUUCUUGGCAGUCACGAUUAUGACAUCGAGUAUAAGAACACCACACUUCACGGCAACGCUGAUGGUUUAUCUCGAUUACCCCUGGGUCAAACAAUGUCUCCACAGAAUGAUCCAGUUGACGUAUUUAACAUGACUCAAUUUGAAACCUUACCGGUCUCCAGUGCUGAUGUUCGUAGAGAAACAUCCAGAGAUUCCACAUUUUCCAGAGUUUUUGUGAACACCAUGAAAGGAUGGCAAAAUAAUUCUGAUCCAGAUCUUGCAACAUACUACAGUCGAAGGAACGAGUUAACUAUUCACGACGGUUGCUUGAUGUGGGGAAUCAGUGCCAUAAUCCCUAACAAGUUGCACACUAAAGUACUCAACGAGCUCCAUGAAGGUCAUCUUGGUGUCGUCAAGAUGAAAUCUCUAGCACGUAGUUUUGCUUGGUGGCCAGGAAUUGACCACGACAUAGAACAGUUUGCAAAAGGAUGCACCGGAUGUCAACAAGUCCAACACAACCCAGCUCAAGCUCCACUUCACACUUGGGAAUGGCCUGCAAAACCUUGGCAUAGAAUACAUAUCGAUUAUGCCGGGCCCUUCGUUGGACACAUGUUCUUGGUAGUAGUAGAUGCUCAUUCAAAAUGGCCUGAAGUAAUACCGACCAAAGCUACUACAUCUACUAAAACGAUCGACAUCCUGAGAACAAUUUUUGCACGAUACGGUAUCCCAGAACAACUCGUUAGUGACAACGGUCCACAAUUCAAAUCCGAUGAGUUUGAAGUGUUUAUGAAGCAGAAUGGUAUCCGACACAUCACUUCAGCACCAUAUCACCCAUCCACGAAUGGUCUUGCAGAGCGCUUCGUCCAAACGGUCAAGAAUGGACUGAAAUCUAUGGUGGGAGAGGAAGGUUCAAUCACUCAAAAGCUGUCUCGGUUCCUGAUUGCGUAUCGCAAUGCCCCCGUGCCACGACUGAACAGUCUCCCGCAUUAA